AUGUCCUUGCCCCUGGAAGAAAUUCGGGGCCACCCGGCCUGGUCCACCGUGAUCCAAGUGCAGACCCCGAGUCGGCAGGGUGCUGCCCCCGUCGCGAAGAACAGGUCCGGCGGGCCGAUCAAUAUUGCCUAUGAAGUUCACGGCACGGGCGCAAUCCAUAUUGUGGUACGUCUCCGCUCGGCCUUCCCUCCGUGGCAGGAGAUGGCGGGAGGGAAAAUGAUUCAUACGAGGAUACGAGGCAGAACCACACUGACGCGCCCAAUCAAAGUGGAUUAUGGGGUUGAACGCACCCAAAAUAGCGUGGCAUCGUGUAAGUCACAACGGGUAUUGCGUGCAAGGCUUCCCAAUCCUCCUCCUCCACCACCACUUUUGGGUGCGAACGGUCGGCAUGAGUUGUAAUCUAAUCCGUUCCUACGCGCUUUCAUUCGGUGUUUCCAGCAAACCAGAUAUUUGUAAGUAGAUCUUUCUAGCCUUGACACUUUCCUUUUUCCCCUUCCCUCCCUUUGUCACUGCUCGUCUUCUUCCUCUUUGGAAAACGAGCUAGCGUCUUACAGUAUUCGUCCAUUACCGGCAAUUUGCUUGUUUGCUUUGCUUGCCCGAUUCUUUCCUAAUAUCCCCGUCUUGAAUCUUGCUUUUUCAUCUAUUCCAUGGGCUGAUUCUCGCAACUGUGAUUCCGCUUGAUGAUAGCGGCCAUGAACACGAAGACAAAUACACGUCAUUGGUCUUUGAUAGUCGAGGUAUUCAUGAUCCCGUAUUCCUUGAAGGAGAGAUUUCCUGGAGCGCAGUCUAUUACCGGCACCUCAAGCGUCAUUUUUCCCUUGACAAUUGGGGGUCGCGUACGGCACUUUCAAUGCUUGGGUACUGGGGCAAUUGCUAACCCGACCCAGGGGUCGGAAACAGCGACAAGCCUUAUGCCAGAUACUCCACGUCCGAAAUGGCAAAGGAUGUAAUCGACCUCCUGCAGCAUGUGGGAUGGACUGAUCCAAACCAAUUGCACGUGAUAGGAGUAUCUAUGGGGGGUAAGUACCGUACCAACCUUCUCUCCCAAUUGGUAGCCCGUGCGAUUCCGUCCCUUGACUUUCUAGGCGCAAUUCACUCACUUAAUGGUCAUGAAGGAAUGAUUGCUCAGGAACUGUAAGCCCACCGGCCUACCCUCCCGGACCCUCCCCCCCCCCCCCACCCUCUCCCCGAACGAUAAACCCCCCCACCAGUUCGGGUUCCCUUUCUUUUCUUCCCCUACCUAAGGUAUCUAUAAUGGGUCCCACAUCUCACCCCGAGUCAUCUUUUUAUCUAUCGCCUGAUUUUGCACGCUCCGCUUUCCUAUCGGUUAAUCAACCUCUCGGUUAGGGCUUUCCUAAUACCGGAUCGAAUUGCCUCUCUAUGUCUGCAGAGCACAGCAGCCCGUCUUGUCAGCUCAAUUGUAAGUUCGAACCCCACUUGCAUACCACUAUACGAACACGAAUACGAAAACAUCGAGUCUUGCUUCUGACAUCAUUCCCUCUUCCUCCUCCUCUUCCCUUUGCUCGACACAGCCAUGGUAUAAGCUUCUAUAUCGCCGCGCAUACAUGUUAGUGCCCAGAUCGUUGCCUGCCCGCCUCGCGGCCGCUCAGGAAAACAUCUUUACAGCGGCGUGGCUGAAAGCCCCCGACGAUCUCGGCGUUUUCCCGACCAAUAGCGAUAGGUACGUGGCGGAAGAACUGUGGCGCGUGGAGAACCUCCCGCCGCCUGUCUACCAGGGCUUCCUCCUCCAGGGCCUCGCGGCCUCUUGGCACUAUAUGGGUCCCGAGCGGCUGAAGGUGCUCGGCCAGCGGAUCAGGCAUAUCCUUGUCUGCACCGGCGACUUGGAUGCCAUGAUCGAGUGCAGGCAUUCAGACGUGCUCGUCCGGGGCAUCGCCGCCGGGGGCAGGGUCGUGAAGAGGGUCUUUGAGGGCUGUGGGCAUGGGCUCCAGUUCCAGUGUGCCAGGGAGUACAAUUGCAUGAUUGAGGAGUUUGUCACGGCGGCCCACGAGGAUGGGAAGGGGGCUACUAUUAAUCGGUGGAUU